UCCCACGGGUGAGGCUGAGCGGCCCCUGCGCCAGUGCCCUCCCGCCUCUUGAGUUAUUGAGCCAAGUCCAGCGCAAGAACUGGGGCUCCACCUGCCCUCUCCAGCCCUUGUCCAGUCUAAUGAUCGAUUUUUCCUAUUGGCUUCUAGAAAGAUGACGGCCUGCCAGAUGAUGUGCGAGGUGAUGCCAACCAUCAGUGAGGCAGAAAUUCCCCCGGGAGGAGGGGGGAGCCAUGGUUCUGGUUCCCCAUUACAGCCAGAUGCUGAUUCACAUUUUGAACAGUUAAUGGUCUCCAUGUUGGAAGAAAGAGAUCGUCUUCUAGACACCCUUAGAGAGACUCAAGAAACACUUGCCUUGACUCAGGGGAAGUUGCAUGAGGUCGGCCACGAAAGAGAUUCCUUGCAGAGACAGCUCAAUACUGCACUCCCACAGGAGUUUGCAGCACUGACUAAGGAACUCAACAUCUGCAGGGAACAGCUUCUUGAAAGAGAAGAAGAAAUUGCUGAGCUAAAAGCGGAGAGAAACAAUACUCGGCUGUUGUUGGAGCAUUUGGAAUGCCUUGUCUCCAGGCACGAGAGAUCUCUAAGGAUGACAGUUGUGAAGAGACAAGCACAGUCUCCUGCAGGCGUGUCUAGUGAGGUGGAAGUACUCAAGGCGCUAAAGUCACUGUUUGAACAUCAUAAAGCCCUGGAUGAAAAGGUGAGAGAACGGUUGCGAGUAGCUCUGGAAAGGUGUAGUUUACUGGAAGAAGAAUUAGGUGCCACGCACAAAGAGUUAAUGCUUCUGAAGGAGCAGAACAAUCAGAAAAAACUACCAGCAGAUGGGAUGCUGGACAUCAGUCACGAACAGGAAAACACCCCAAGCACCAAUGGAAAGCAGAGAUCUUCUGACGGGUCUUUGAGUCAUGAGGAGGACCUGGCUAAAGUGUUAGAGCUCCAAGAAGUGAUCGAUAAACAGUCAAAAGAACAAAACCAGAUGAAGGAGCGGCUGGCUACGCUCUCCAGCCGGGUGACUGAGCUUGAGGAAGACCUGGACACUGCCCGGAGGGACCUCAUCAAGUCUGAAGAAAUGAACACCAAGCUGCAGCGAGACGCCCGAGAAGCUGUGGCACAAAAGGAGGACAUGGAAGAGAGGAUCACGACUCUUGAAAAACGCUACCUCGCCGCCCAGCGGGAAGCUACAUCUGUGCAUGACCUCAAUGAUAAACUUGAAAACGAAAUCGCUAACAAGGACUCUCUCCAUCGACAGAGUGAAGACAAAAACCGCCAGUUACAGGAACGCUUGGAAUUGGCCGAGCAAAAGCUGCAGCAGACCUUGAGGAGAGCAGAGACCCUGCCCGAGGUGGAAGCUGAGCUGGCCCAGAGGGUGGCAGCACUCUCCAAGUCUGACCCUUUGUCUUCUGGAAACUCUGCUGCUCAGGAGGCUAAACUGUUCGAACUUACUUCCAAGCUUAGGAAGGCUGAAGAGAGACACGGCAACAUCGAAGAAAGGUUACGACAGAUGGAAGCCCAAUUGGAAGAAAAGAACCAGGAAUUACAGAGGGCGCGGCAGAGAGAAAAGAUGAAUGAGGAGCAUAACAAGCGUCUGUCGGACACUGUGGACAAGCUCCUCUCUGAGUCCAAUGAGAGGCUCCAACUUCACCUUAAGGAGAGGAUGGCGGCUCUGGAAGAUAAGAAUUCUCUGCUUCGAGAGGUUGAAAAUGCCAAAAAACAAGUAGAAGAAACACAACACGACAAGGAUCAACUGGUGCUCAACAUAGAGGCCCUGAGGGCUGAAAUAGACCAGAUGAGGAUGCGUGGUGGCAGCUCGCUCCAUCAUGGCCGCCCACAUCUGGGCAGUGUACCUGAUUUCCGGUAUCCUGUGGCAGAGAGUCCCACUGAUCCUUACAGCACCGCAUCAGUAUUGCGGCGGGCCCAGAAGGGCCGUCUGGCGGCUCUUCGGGACGAGCCUUCCAAGGUGCAGACUCUGAAUGAACAGGAUUGGGAGCGGGCCCAACAGGCGAGUGUCUUAGCAAACGUAGCGCAGGCAUUUGAGAGUGACGUCGAUGUAUCUGAUGGGGAGGAUGACAGAGACCCUAUCUUCAGCUCCGUGGAUCUCUUGUCGCCCAGUGGGCAGGCUGAUGCCCAGACGCUAGCCGUGAUGCUCCAAGAGCAGCUGGAUGCGAUCAACAAGGAGAUCAGAUUGAUCCAAGAAGAAAAAGAGAACACAGAGCAGCGGGCAGAGGAAAUUGAAAGCCGUGUGGGUAGCGGGAGUUUGGACAAUCUGGGUCGGUUCCGGUCACUGAGCUCCCUCCCCCCACAUCCUGGCUCCUGCCUCGCUGGGUCCUCUCCUCCGGGGAGUGGCCGCUCCACCCCACGGCGGCUCCCACACAGCCCUGCCCGGGAGGUGGACAGGCUGGGGAUUAUGACUCUACCUAGUGAUUUAAGGAAACAUCGUAGAAAGUUGCCAGCUUCGAGAGAAGAGGUCCGAGAUGACAAGACAACCAUAAAAUGUGAAACAUCCCCACCUUCAUCCCCAAGGUCCCUUCGUUUAGACAGACUCCACAAAGGAGCUUUGCACACAGUGAGCCAUGAAGAUAUCAGGGACAUUAGGAAUUCUACAGGUUCACAAGAUGGUCAGGUCAGCAACCCUAGCAGCAGUAAUAGCAGCCAGGAUUCCCUUCAUAAAGCACCCAAAAAGAAGGGAAUCAAAUCCUCUAUCGGUCGCUUGUUUGGGAAGAAAGAAAAGGGUCGGCCUGGACACACUGGCAAAGAGUCCCUGGGGCAAGCUGGUAUUACAGACAUGGAUAAUUCCUCUCAAGAUGCGCUAGGGAUAAACAAAUUGGGAGGCCAGGCUGAAAAGAAUCGGAAGCUGCAGAAAAAGCAUGAACUGCUUGAGGAAGCUCGAAGACAAGGUCUGCCUUUUGCUCAGUGGGAUGGGCCAACUGUGGUUGUGUGGCUCGAGCUGUGGGUCGGGAUGCCUGCAUGGUACGUGGCUGCUUGCCGAGCAAAUGUGAAAAGUGGGGCUAUCAUGUCUGCUCUGUCGGAUACCGAAAUACAGCGGGAAAUUGGAAUCAGUAAUCCGCUACACAGGUUAAAGUUGAGGCUCGCCAUUCAAGAAAUUAUGUCCUUGACCAGCCCAUCUGCUCCACCCACAUCAAGAACGACCACGGGGAAUGUCUGGUUAACACAUGAAGAAAUGGAAAACCUGACAGCAACGCCACAGACGGACGAUGAGGAGGGAAGCUGGGCUCAGACGUUAGCCUACGGUGACAUGAACCACGAGUGGAUCGGCAACGAGUGGCUCCCCAGCCUGGGGCUUCCUCAGUAUCGUAGCUACUUCAUGGAGUGUCUGGUGGACGCUCGGAUGCUCGACCAUCUGACCAAGAAAGACCUGCGAGGACAGCUCAAGAUGGUGGACAGUUUUCACAGAAACAGCUUCCAGUGCGGAAUCAUGUGUCUGAGGAGACUGAACUACGACCGGAAGGAGUUGGAAAGGAGAAGAGAAGAGAGUCAGAAUGAAAUCAAAGAGGUGCUUGUGUGGAGCAAUGACCGGGUGAUCCGCUGGAUCUUGUCCAUUGGCCUCAAAGAGUAUGCAAACAACCUGGUGGAAAGUGGCGUCCAUGGCGCCCUGGUGGCCUUAGAUGAGACCUUUGACUUCAGUGCUCUGGCGCUCCUGCUGCAGAUCCCCACCCAGAACACGCAGGCUCGUGCUGUCUUGGAAAGAGAGUUCAACAACCUUCUAGUGAUGGGAACUGACAGAAGGUUUGAGGAAGACGACGACAAGAGCUUUCGAAGAGCCCCUUCGUGGAGAAAAAAGUUCAGACCCAAGGACAUUCGAGGUUUAACUGCCGGUUCGGCAGAGACCCUCCCUGCAAAUUUCAGGGUCACCUCGUCUGUGUCCUCACCGUCUGUGCAGCCAAAGAAGAUGCAAAUGGAUGGCAGUGUGUCAGGAAGCCAGAGGUUGGAUUCUGCGACCGUCAGGACUUAUUCCUGUUAAAGCCUUCUGUUGUUUACCCACACUACUUCUACAGAUGAUCACGCAGCGUUCUGAACUCAGCCAAGACCACCUUUUAGAAUGGAGUGGAUCUUUAAUCUGUUAAUACUUGUUAUAUGGACAAUGAGAUAUUUUAUUACAGAGUUUUUAAUUAGCAAAAAAAAUUCAUGAAUACCAUAGAGAAAAUAUUUUAGAAUUAAAUGUUUCUUAUAUUUAUGUAAACUUAUGUGACUUCAUUUAUACAGUUACUUACUUUUUCAUGUGUAUCCAGAUUAUAAAUAUCUUUUCCAAUCAAUUCAUGAGAUUCUUAUACUUAAUUUGUUAGUCAACUGAAUGUACUGUAAUGCUUGUAAGUAUAAACUCUAUGAGCAAAUAGGGUUUUUUGUAAAUUAUGCAGUUAUUGUAAUUAUCAUUGUUUAAUUUUUUAAAAUAAUAAACCUGACAGAAAUGAGGAUUUUACUACAUUUAUAAAAAGUGCCCUAUUACAAGGAGUAGUAGGCAUUGUCAAUCGCAUUUGUAAGCUCAUGCUUCCAAAAGCAAACCGCACAGUGGUUUGGAAACAAUCAGACUCUUCAUUGUAAGCAGUUAUGGGGGGGUGAGUUAAUGACCGAUCACAGCUGAUCUUUUUCCGAAAAGGUUCUGUAGCACAGACUGAUUUUGAAUUUCCAAUUUUAAAUAUCGUCUUAUCUACUAAUAUUUGAACUGAGAAACAUUAGAAAAACCGGCUCAGGAUACCCUUGGAGCCGAGGCGCUUGUCCUUGGAUAACUUGUCUUCAGUGACUGCGAAUAAGCCAUGAACAGAGAAUUCUCUCAGCCGGGGAGUGGGCCAGGUCCUGGUCGGCUCCCUCAGCCCCUCCCCCCACACCCCCCACAUCCCCCCAGCCCACAAAGAAGUGCUUUCCUCCCAACGCCAUUGGUUGGGAGGCUCUGAUGCAAUUUCUUAGAGGACCAAUCACAACACGUGCUGCAGUCCCAAGGCCCGCCCCUGCCUGCCUGCCUGCCAAGGGAUGCAGCGCCACCUUCAAUCCAGGCCUUACUGUGCUCAUGUCAGUCGUCUUUCAGCAUUUGUUGGUCAACUCGUUUAAAGUCUACAUCCGGACUCGUUUUGGAGGUUUGAAUGGUAUCGCCAUGACAUUUCAGACUGUAGAGAAUGUACCUUUUCUUUUUUAAAGCGGCGGCGCAUUAAAAAGCCAACGAGAACCUGAUGUAGAUCAUGGUGCAUUAUUUAUUAUGCAACUCUCUCUAUAUGUAUGUGUGUGUAGAGAGAGAGGCAGGUCCAGAUCCUGUCGGUGUAUACAUUACAUGUGUGCAUAGAGAGCCUGGCUUUUCCCACGUGCUUCUGAUUUUCAUGUCCUUGGAUAACUCAUUGUUACUGUUGUUUUUCUAUUAAUCUUUUGUGAACUUUCUGAUCAUGUAACAAAGUAUGUACAGACACCUCUGGAACUUAUUUUUAUCACAGUAUUAUUUAUUGCUUUCUUUCAAUAAAGUACUGGAGCCUUUUCCACUGCCGA